GGCGACUGCAGCGUGUGGAAAUGAGCAGAAUCUUCUCUCUGUCUGGAUUGGGUUAUAAUCAGUGUGAUAUUACUGAGGAUCUUCUCACCAGAUGAUCUUAUAUGGUUUCUUCUGUGGUGCUUCCUGAUCAGGAUCCUGAAGAAAGAGUGUUUAGAGCCGCAUGAAUCAGAUUAUAAAUAUAAAUAGAUAAAGUCAUCAGCGUGAACAACACAUCAUACACACACGCAUGCACACACACUGACGAGCUGUUCCUCAACACACCCGGCGGUGGGCCGACAUGCCCCGCUACGAGACUCCUCCAGCCUCUGAGCUCCAGAGACUCCUGUGGGUCAAAGCUGGAACCAGCGGCCAUAUGGACGAGGUCAGGCCUGGAAUAUACAUCGGAGACAUGUACGCAGCGAAGGACAAGCACUUGCUGCAGUCUCUGAACAUCACAUAUGUCCUGAACGCAGCUCACGGGAAGUUCAGCGUCAACACAGGAGCCAGUUACUACAGAGACACUAACAUCAGCUACCACGGCGUGGAGGCCUUUGACAUGCCCUCCUUUGACUUGAGCCCCUUCUUCUACUCCGCCGCCAAGUUCAUCAAGACUGCCAUGAGCACCCCUGGAGGUAAGGUGCUUGUGCACUGUGCGAUGGGUCUGAGUCGCUCCUCGUCGCUGGUUUUAGCGUAUCUGAUGAUUCAUGAGGGCAUGACGCUGGUUGAGGCCAUUAAAGCCGUCUCACAACACAGGAAUAUCUGCCCAAACUCCGGCUUCAUGGAGCAGCUGAGAGAACUGGACACAACACUGCACUGCCAGAGCGCUGCCUUCUAACAUGCUCACUAAUCACAAACACACUACAUUAGAUACGGUAACAGAAUUAUUCACAUGAAGAACGGUUAUGAAAAUUCCCUGACAGAAAUGCAUGAUUCAGAAUCUGCCUUACAUGUAUAUGAUGGAAUUACAUGAUUUGAUACAGGA